AUGCGCAACACGCUCGUUAACUUGAGUCUUUUGUUGACUCUGGCCAGCCCCGUCUUUGGCGCUGCCGUCUCCAAGAUUUCCUCGGACGCAACCUGCGGCAAAGCGUCUGGGUUUACCUGUCAGGGCUCCAAAUGGGGCAACUGCUGUUCUCAAUACAGCUACUGCGGAAGCUCUGACGCUUACUGCGGCACUGGCUGUCAAUCCGGCUACGGCACCUGCAAGACGACCACUGCCAACCCUCCCCCCUCUCCAGGGCCAAAGGUCAGCCAGGACGCCACGUGCGGCAACGGCGUCACCUGCCAGGGCUCCAAGUGGGGCAAUUGCUGCAGCAGCCAUGGCUGGUGUGGCAGCAGCAAGGACUACUGCGGCGCUGGUUGCCAGUCCCUCUUUGGGACCUGCGAUGGCGUUUCGACGUCGUCGACCUCGAGGUCUGCAACUGUUGGGGGCUCGUCGACUAGCUCCACUCUGACCACGAGCCGCACGACGACGUCUUCAACCACCUCUAGCUCGGUAACCAGUCUUACAACGUCGUCAACUACCACCACCUCUGGUUCUUCGACAUCGUCGACGUCUGUAACCACCACCACUAGCUCUUCGUCCUCUUCUUCCUCGACUUCAUCCAGCGCUUCGUCCAGCUCGUCGUCAACUUCAACGUCUACAAGCACAACCAGCACACAGGGCCUUCCUACCGUUACCGUGACAACGAUAUCCGACGACGCCACCUCCACGUCCGCCAGCUCCUCUACUCCAUCAAGCACCCAGACGGCCAGCAGCACCGCCUCCUCCUCCUCGACGGCCACAUCAUCGUCCGCCCCAUCCGCCACCGCCAGCACCGUCAGGCAGUACACGCAAGUAUUCAGCCACUUUCCCGGCUGCAGCUACCGGGGCCUCGCGACGGGCAUCAGCAUCCCCGUGUCCAACCUGGGCCCCAGUGGCGACUACAGGGCCGCCGCCGUGCCCGCGUGCCAGGCGUAUUGCGACUCGUCGCCCGGGUGCCAGAUGUUCUUCAUCGCCGUCCAGCAGGAUUCGAGCAUCGCGCCCCCCAACGACGUGUCUGCCACCUGCCAGGUGAGCACGGCGCCGUUCACGACCGCUCUUGCGUUUUGUGGCUUCGUCAGCGUCGGCCUGUGGGAAAGCUACGCGUACAACCUCGUGGAGACGGGUCCGGCCACGGUCACGGCGAGCCCCACGGUGUCCACGGGCACGUCGACCUCGUUUAUCCCGAUUACAACCAUCGUUGAUUUUGAUUAG